AGGAAAGGAAAGGAAAGGAAAGGAAAGGAAAGGAAAGGAAAGGAAAGGAGUGACUGCAGCAGACAGGCCAAGGGCACCAUCAGGAGGAGUCUGGGGACACCUCCAGUCUGGCUUUAACAAGUAAUUCUGACUCUGUUUGGAGUGAGAAUCAAAGAAUUCCCUUUGUUUAGGCCCUGCUUUCCUCCAGCUGGGCUGAGCCGCUCUCGGGGCUGUGGCCGAGGCUGGGCAGACCUGCCCGGGCAGAGCUGCGGCGUGUCCGGGCACCACUGUGCCCCUGGCACGGCUGAACAUCCCCAGGGGCCGGCUGGCGUUACCUGUGCAGGUAGGCAGCUUUCACCCAGCCGUGUGUGUGUCAGGGCGUGCUGCUGCCCACACCUGCAGCCUCUCCUGGCUCACAAUUAACUCCUGGCUCAUCAGGACUCACCCCCUGCGCCACCCAGCAGCGCAGAGCUGCCCUCCGGCGCGGCUGGCACGGGGAGGGAUGAAGGGAUUCUUUGUGUGUUUUCACCUCCAAAAACUCCCCAGAGAAGUUUGCUCCUGGGGGGAGUCUGCCUCUUUGCUGGCAGCCAGCAGAGGAAAACGCUCAGGCCGUGUUUUCUCAGCAGCAGAUGCUUUCAAAACAAAGGCCGCUGCCAGGUUCUGCUGUUUUCUUUUCAGUGCACAGCCCAGUUUUGUUAAAAGGUUGAGGUUUGCGUGUUUGUUUUCUCAUUUGGAAAUAACCUCGGUGCUGUUCCCUUGCAGAUGAACGAAGCCUUCCCCAGCUGAGCUCUCCCAGCGGCUCCUGAGCCAAACGCAGCGCGUGGGGAGGCACCAAAUGGUCCCUGUGAGCUGCCAGGACCUGCUGCCCUCCCUGCCCAGCACUUCCCUGCCUGAGAGCCUGGCCAGCGCCCUGCAGCGCAGGAUGCCACCGUCCUUUCUGCCAGGACACGGCGCUGACAGGACCUGCAGCCACCCCAAGGGCUGCGGGCACGUCCUGGCGGGCAGCACCGGCCACGCCGAGGCCGUGCCGCUGCCCGGUGCCAAGGGGGAGCCCCCCAAAGCCCAGCUCAGUGAGGCUCAGCUCCAGCUGCCUGACUUCUGCCUCUCCCAGGACUUCAUCCCCACGCUGGAGGACGAGGAGUUCCUCAGGGAGAAGGCAGAGCUCCCCAGGGAUGAGGCAGGAGAUGCUCACCCCGCAGGGUGGAAGGUGGAGAGCAAAGCCGAGCUGGGCUCUGGGCACAGCCCAUGCCCAGCGCACGGAGGAAGAGGAGGAGGAGGAGGAGGAGGAGGAGGAGGAGGACAGGUCCUAGCCGCUGUGGGGACAGCUGCUGGUGACCAGGUGCUGGCUGCUGGCAGCAUCCCGGUUGUCCUGCACCUCCAGCCUCUCCCCACGGACAGCAUCACCCCCCUGGCACAUCCCGGGUGUGUCAGGCUGGCCCAGCCGAUCAGCCUGCAGCGCCCAAACCUGCCCCUCCUCCCUCAUCCCCAGCCCCCUGGCACCAUCCUGGACCAAAAACACGUCCGGAUUGCCCCACUGCCGGUGGCCAUGGGUCUGGGGGAGGCGCGGGGGGCUGAGGCAGCCCCCUGGUGCCAGCAGGGCUCCCCAUCCCCGCUCUGCACGCACCGCUGCUCCCACCCGGGCUCAGGGAAGGUUUAUUCCAGGAGCUCCCACCUGAAGGCUCAUCUCCAAUGCCACAGCAGCGAGAAACCCCACGGCUGUGCCUGGCCCAACUGCGGCUGGAGGUUCUCCCACUCGGAUGAGCUCUCCCACCACAGGCGCUCCCACUCCGGGCUCAAGCCCCACCAGUGCCCAGCCUGUCAGAAGAAGUUUGCCCGCAGUGACCACUUGGCCAAGCACCUGAAGAUGCACCGGGGCGAGUCCUGCAGCCCACAGACACUUCCAGCGGGGAGCUGGAAUUAAUUCCUGCUGCUCAUCCCUGCCAGCCCAGCCCGAGCCAGGGAAACAGAGCAGAAACCGCUGCUGAGGAGGGGGAAAUGAUCCUGGGCAGGCAGGAGACUUUGCUGUCCCUCUUUUCAAGGGUGAUGAUAUUCCCAAGUUGUUGCUGGCCCUGCUCUUUGAAAUACACGUGAUGGAAAUUAGUGUGGAUUUGGGGGUGUGUAGGAAGGUCGGGGUCACACUGUAAAACAGGAAUCAGGCGUUUGAAAAUCCCAGAAUCCCAGAAUGGCUCGGGCUGGGAGGGACCUUAAAGCUCAUCCCGUGGGCAG